AUGAGAAUCUCAGAAGGCCAACAUAUCCUAUAUGCUCUCGAUAGGUCAAAUGACCUUCUCUAUGGCCGUGUCACGGAGAUGAGAUACGAUGGCUUGAUUGAAAUUGCGAUUAGGAGCGGGGGCCGUCUUAGUUUGAUAGUAGAAAAUGAUUCAAAUCGAAUUCAAGUCCUUCCAAACAGCAGAACGCCAGAGGCAGAGGCAGUGCUAGAAAAUGAUGAUAUAGACAAGGUACUGGAAGCACUUGAAACGGCACUUGAUGUUGGAGCUACAGUUGCGGCAGCCGCUGCACCAGGAGUUGCCGGAGGAGCAGCAAUUAUGAGUGGGCUCGCCGCAAUUGGCGGGUCCGCCGUUGGUGGGAUCUUGGUUGUGGCUGGAGUACCCGCCUUUAUGGCGGGGAACACCAUACGGAAGGUGAUCAAGCGUCGUGAGAAUAACACGGACACUAAUGACACUGUUGUUGUAGGCAUGGUGACUGGUAAGUUCAUUUCAAAUACCACUGGAUCUGAUUUCGCCGGAUUAUGUUCUAACGAACUUGAUUUUCAUUUUGAAGGAGGAGUUGUCGGUAGCGCUACAGCCGUAGGAUCUGUUUUCGCUGGCGGGUCGGUGGUAGGUCUUAGUGGCGCGGGAAUUACCUCCGGCCUGGCGAGCCUAGGAGGUGGAGCUAUAGCUAGUGGUGGCUUCGGGAUGGUAGGGGGAUUGAUGGCAUGCACCGGAAUUAUUGCGAUUCCAGUCCUAAGUUUCGGGGUUUUGGCCUGGGGGUUAGUUGCAGGGGCCAAUGAGGCCGACCUACAAGAAAAGUAUAGAAAUUUUUGUCGGAGGUGGCGUCAUCAGGGUUAUCGAGGUCCUCAUUAA